AUGAAAGCAGUGCAAGUUGGAAAAAAAUCUUUUGCGGGACCGAGUUCAGCGCUCGAGUACGUCAACCAUAAACACCCAAAACUACGCCAUAAACAGAGCCUAACAUCAAGGAGAAAAGUGAAAAUCUACGUUAAUUUGCGUGUCCCCAAGGAUACGUCAAGACAUCGUAAAGGCAUGAGUGUCACAGAGCUCGCGGUUCGUAAUAUUCAGCAUGUCCUACUCCUGUACUGA